GCCAAAUUGAAACGCCUCAGCUCAGACCCCACGCGAGUUGCUCCCUCCAGCUGCUUUUCUUCUCACAUCCAGUCUGUGCUCUUCUCUGGCUCUGCGGUGUUGAAGGAGGUUCGGUAAAUCGGGACUUUCAUUCUUCUGUUUAGUCACGCGAGCAUGGAGGAGGCCAACAAACUCAUCGGUAACGGGAAGAAGUACCUGGUGUUGGGGAAGGCGGUGGAGGCGGUGAGCGUCCUGCAGGAGGCCUGCGGCUUGCUAGCUAAGACGUUUGGAGACACAGCAGAUGAGUGCGGAGAGGCCUUCUUCUGGUGUGGGAAAGCCCUGCUGGACCUGGCGCGGGUGGAGAACUCCGUCCUGGGUAAUGCUCUGGAAGGUGUCCCAGAGGAGGACGAGGACGAAGACAAACCCAAGGACUCCAACGUGGAGAGCACGGAGGAUGUUGACGAGAAGACCAGAGAUGAGCUGAGAGUUCAGGUGUACGACGCCAUGGCGGAGAAGAACGAAGACGCAGAGAAGCAGAGUGAAGAGAGCAAGGCAGAAGGCUCUGAGGCUGCUGAGCAGCAGAACACGGAACAGGCAGCUGAGGAUGAAGAUGGUGAGAAACCACCUGAAGCUGUGGAGAAGGAAGACAAGACCGAGGAGGAAGAAGAAACACCUGCUCAGGAGUCAGCAGCUGUAGAGGACAACAAGACCGAGGAGGAGGAGGAGUCUGCAGACAAAGCAGAGGAUGAAGAGGACGGUGAUGCAGAAAUGGAGGAAGCAGAGGAACAGACUGAGGCUGCUGCUGAGAAGGAGAGUGACGACGAGGAGGAGGUGGGGAACCUGCAGCUGGCCUGGGAGAUGCUGGAGCUCGCCAAAGUGAUCUACAAAAGGAAGGACUCCAAGGAGGACAAGCUGAUGGCGGCUCAGACCCACCUGAAACUCGGUGAAGUUUCUGCAGAAUCAGGUAACUACUCGCAGGCGCUCGAUGAUUUCCAGGAGUGUCUGAAGCUGCAGCUGGAGCACCUGGAGCCGGACAGCCGCCUGCUGGCUGAGACCCACUACCAGCUGGGUGUGACCUACAGCUUGAACCUGCAGUACAGUGAGGCCAUAGAGGCUCUGAACAGCUCCGUCUCCGUCAUCAGGAGCAGGCUGGAGAAACUGCAGCGGCUGCUGGACAAAGCCGAAGGUCCAGGGUCUCUCCCUGAGGAGGAGAAGGAGCUGGAGGAGCUGAAGGCCCUUCUGCCUGAGAUUCAGGAGAAGGUGGAAGAUGCCAAUGAAGGCCUGAAGACCACCAGCAGUGCUGCUGAGGCUGUGAAGAAGGUUCUGGAUGGAGACUCCUCCGCCUUUCCCAGUUCUUCAGUAAACAACCACUCUUCCGUCUCAACAGCUAAAGGCUCCACCACCACAGCUCCGGUGUCCAACAUCUCCCACCUGGUCAGGAAGAAGAGGAAACCAGAAGGAAGUCCAGUGAAGGAAGCUGAUGUGAAGAGGGUGAAGCUGGGUGACGCUAACGGACACACUAACAAGGAGGUGGCUACAUAGGGCGUCCUCACACCUCAACAAACAUCUGCAGAUCAGUUCUAGCCGGGUUGUUUUAUCUAGUGGGAGCAGAACCGUGUAAGCACGUGGUUCUGGUGGAAGAUGGGUCUGGGUUACUCGUGUUAGACCGAAGCAGUUUGUCAGAUUCUUUAUAACACAUCUGUUUGUAAAUAUGGUUUUUUCUAUUCCUGGUUGUUUACAUGUGACCUAAUAAAGUUAAAUAUGAAACCUUU